AUGGGAGUCAGAGAAUAUUUCACCAAGUUGGAGGAGAAGAAGUUGGAUUUCUUCAUUGAGCUCAGGGACAAUGCCAAGUACCAUUCAACUUGUGUUGGCAUGGUCAAGUUUCAGAGGGAGUCCGAAAAACCUCUAUUGGUGGAGGACAUGUUGUAUGUUCCUGGAAUGACAAGGAACUCAAUCUCUAUUUCUACUUUGGAGGACAAGGGUUACAUCAUGACCUUUGAAGAAGGCAAAGUUUAUAUCCAUCCUAAGAAAUCCAAGGUAGCAAAAGUGAUUGGAGUUGAGCAUGGUAGUUUGUUUCGGUUACAGUUUGAACCAGCACAUGCAUUGAUGAGUAACAGUAAAGGGCUUAGAGAACUGUGGCACGGGAGGAUGGCUCAUCUUCACCAUGGAGCACUUAAUGUGCUCAAAGAAAUAGUAACAGGGCUUCCUAAAAUAAAGGUUGAUAAGCAUGAGGUGUGCAAAGGCUGUGCUCUUGGGAAAUAUGCUAAGACCAAUUUUCUAAGCAGCAAUACUAGAUCUAAAGAAAUUUUUGGAUUUGGAUCUCAUACACUCAGAUGUAUGUGGGCCCAUGUUAAUAGGAUCCCUGAGUGGAUAUGA